UCUCUCUCUCUCUCUCUCUCUUCACUCUAAACUUUACUCGUUCGCUUUCUCCAGCGCUGACCUCCCUCAGUCCUCCCUUGUUCCAUAAGACUGAACCACAGUUCUGUGCACAGUCAACCGCAGCCGUAAAACGCUUACCUGGUUUCUCAAGGAUCACCUGCAGGAGACGGAUUCACGGAUCCCUUGUUUUUCAUUUCCCCCCGUACUCCCGAGUCACGUCUCACUGUCUAACCGAAAAAACCGUCUUCUACCUUUCGACUCCAAGCCGCUUUGAAAAUCUUGAGGUUUCUAAGGAAUGAGGGUGAGCAUUUGGCUGGUGGGCCGCUGGUUGUUCCUGUGGGCAUGUCUGGGGGCUCGUCUCCAGGCUGGGGAUGGAGCCUGCCCCGUGGGCCUUACCCGACCAGACCUGAACGGCAGUCAGUACCAGCUGGGUCCCGGUACGGAUGCAGGCAUUGGCUUCCUGUCCGGAUUUGUCCAGUCCUACCUCAACACAGUCCAGCCAAAUCCUUUCCCCAAAGAACUGUUGCUUGAAUUGAUAAAUGAUGCUGGUACUGCCACCAUUCAGGACACUGUCAAUAAGGUACUGCGUUAUGAGGUGGGCUUCCUGGUCUGCGCAGCCAUCGGGGUCCUCUACAUUGUCCUGAUGCCCCUGGUGGGUUUCUUCUUCGCCUGCUGCCGUUGCUGCGGUAACUGUGGGGGCCACAUGUACCAGGAGCAGACCAAGUCAACCGGCUGUCAACGCAGAGGGCUUUACUGGGCCUUGCUGUGCAUCACCAUCAUAACACUGGCAGGGAAUGUUUGCAUGUUUAGGAGCAACCAAUCCCUGGCCUUCAGUGUGCAGAACAGCCUGACGCAGUCCGACGGCACAUUGGACAACCUCCAGACCUACCUCGCAGCUGUUCCGCAGGACGUUGGCAUGGUGGUGAAUGAGAGCGUCUUGGCCGUGGAUGAGGUUGGGAGCAGAGUAAACGACUUUGGCCGUUUGGUUGGUGAAGACCUCCAAAAAGACCUGGGGAGCACCUUAAAUCCUGCUCUGGAUACUGUCCGAAAUAUUUCCCAAGCGGUGAACAGCACGAUCCAGCUGCUGGGCCAGCUGAACGCCACUCAGGAGGAGCUGCGGCCGGAGCUGGACACCCUGGAGGCCAACCUGACCGCCACCAGAGACAGCGUCAACAGAACCUUCCAGAUGCCGGACUGCCAGGACUGUGUGGUGCUACAGCCGGAGCUGGCCAAGCUGACCCUGGACACCAGCUUCACCGUCCCCCAACUUAGUGAGCUCCAGUCCACCAUAGACGCAGUAGUGGAGGCUGAUCUGGACUCUAGACUGAAGAAGGGAGAAGAGUUAUUGGCCAACCUUCCUGAGCGGGUGACGAAUGACACUGAAGACACAGUACAGAAUGUCCAAGCACAGCUUAAGGACAUUAAGAAAGAUAUUUCCCAGCUGCAUCAGGACAUCCCUCUUAACGCCCUGGAGGAUGUGUCCGCCAAGCUUGAGGAAGUGCGGGGAUACAUCAGCACAUACACGCCUGAGGUGGAGCUGGCAGGAAGAAGAAGCUGGAUCGUGGGCCUGGUUCUGAGCUGUGCGGUUCUGCUGGUGGUUCUGUGCAACGUCCUCGGUCUGUUGCUUGGGCCCGUGGGCCUGCAGCCCAAAGCAGACCCCACCAAGAGGUCCGGCACCGCCAACUGUGGAGGAACCUUCCUGAUGGCGGGUGUGGGGUUCAGUUUCCUGUUCUCCUGGAUCUUCAUGAUCGUGGUGCUGGUGCUCUUCCUGGUCGGGGGGAACGUGUCCACACUGGUGUGUGAACCGUGGCAAAGCCAGCAGAUCUUCCAGAUCAUCGACACCCCAGGGCUCAUUCCAGGGUUCCAGCUCUCUGAGGCUCUGGGGCUGAAGACUAAUUUGACUAUAGCUAAAGUCUAUGAUGACUGUCAGCACGACCGUUCCCUGUGGACCACACUGCACCUGCAGGAGGUCAUCAACCUCAAUGACCUUCUCAACGCGUCUAAGUACACAGAGCAGAUCCAGCAGGCCUUGACCCAGAAUGACAUCACCCUGCCCACCAUCACCCUCCUGAGCCCCGAAGAGCGCGCACAGCUGCUCCGCUUCUCCAGCAGGGCUGGCAGCUUGGACUUCAGCAGUGCCCAGGAGCAGCUUAACAACAUUAGCAGGAUAAAUCUGAACACCACUGCUGAUGAUCUGGACACACUUGCAGACAGGCAGAGCGACGCCGUGGUGGAGGGCCGGCUGCGGGACGAUGCGGCUCGGCUCCGGAGGAUCCAGGCCCAGGUGGAGGGCUCCAUCCUGCCCAAAGUGAGGGAUCUCAGCUCAGUUAUCCAGGUUCUGGAAGACAAAGCCUUAAAAGUGAAUAGAACUAUGGGCAGUGUGCUGAGCAGAGUGGAUAUGGCCCAGGACUUCUUAAACGGCAAUAGUUCACAGAUAGUGAAAUCGGCAAUCCAAACAUUCCUGGACUGUCAGGAAAGAUACUUCACAGCAUUUGCUGCCUGGGCAAACAGAACGAUCACAGAGCAGGUGGGGCGCUGUGGGCCUUUGGCCGGGGCAGUGGACACAGCGGAGGUUCUGGUCUGCUCAUACCUGGCAGCGUCCCUGAACGCCUUCUGGUUCAGUCUGGGCUGGUGCGCCAUCUUCCUCAUCCCCAGCCUCAUCCUCUCCGUCAAGCUGGCCAAAUUCUACAGGAGAAUGAAAUGCUCAGACGCUUUUGAGGACCACAUACAGAUGAACCAGUUCCCACGGGCAUCGCUGAUUGCAUACUGAGGGAAGGACUACUCUACAAGCCCCCUCCCAACUCACUCUUUCAUUCAUAUAUCACUAUUUAUGAAGCCUGAUGGACAGAGGACUCCCCCUGAGACAGACACAAGCACAUUCCACAGGCAAUGGCAGGGACAAUGUGAUGCCUCCAGCCUUGAGGAAAGGCUUCCAGUCACGUUCCAGUUCAAGUUGUGAACGUGCACGGGGUGUCAGCUGAGGCCUACCACAGCCUUUGAAAGGUCCUGGUGGGUCACCGCAGUCAUACAUUUCACUUAUUCUGUAUUUGUGUCCAAGGCGACCAUUGAACUUUUUUGUUUUAUCAUUAUAUGUGCUUUCUAACUUGAUUUGAUAUUAUUUGAAAUGAUUUUCUAUGAUGACUCUGUGAAAAUGUGUUUUGUACCAUUGCAAUUCAAUUAAUGAGCACUUUAAAAUCUUUUUCAAAGGUCAGUCAUACACAUAAUAAUGUGUGUAUGGUCAUUUCAGACAGCCGUGCCAAAUUUUGUAAUAAAAAUACUUCCUUAUGUUCCGUGCUUUCUGAAAUCAAAUGUAUGCCCUAUUUGGAA